AUGCCAGAGGCUCAACGGGUGGCCAUCACUCUCCCUGAUCAAGAGGCACAUAAAGUUAGGCUGAGUUCGAACGACACCAGAAGAGAAGUCAAGGAGAUGUCCUUCUCCCCAACCGGGCUCGGCGCCAAGAACUCCUUCACAGGAAAGUUCCCUACUGAAGCUAGAGCCAGUCAUGAGACUUGGCUUGGUGAGAAGCAAUAUACCAUUUCCUUCCAGCCACAAAAUAUGCAGAAUGCUCUGCCGUACUGGUUCAUCUUCCCCUUCUUAGCUAAUGAAUAUUCGUCUAUUUUGGCCCUGUUCAUUAUUCCUAACUACAGCCCAUACUUCAUGGGCAUGGUAGCCAUAGAAGAGGAGGCAGAAUUCUGUCUGCUAAAGAAAGGUGAGCCUGAGGCAGCCGCCUUCCUCUACCCCUGUGCCCACCCCUGGCUACAGCUGCAGCUUGCCCUCCUGGCCCACGCUUCUGUGCCCAAACCAUGGCUCGCCCCUGACUCCAGCCUCCCAUGGAACCGGCCUGUGGUACUGAGAGCCUGGGGGCUGGCCCUGGAGAUGGCAUGGAUACAGCCAUCCUGGGCUGCCCAGCGGCUGAAGAGGAGGCGGUGGAGGAAACAAAGAAGAAAUGCCGGGGGAGGCCGUGUGAGGUGCACACAGGCAUCCCUGGCCCCUCGGGCAGCGGCGCCUCCACGGGCAGCUCAGGGUCCCACCCCACGCACUGAGGAGGCCGCGUGGGCAGCCACGGCCCUGACCUUCCUUUUGGUGCUGCUCACCUUGGCCACACUGGGUACAUGGCUGCACCGAAACUUCCGCCGUGGGGAGAGCGUCUACUGGGGGCCAGCCGCUGACAGCCAGGACACGGUAGCCGCAGUGCUGAAGCGGAGGCUACUCAUGCCCCCGCGCCCGGGCAAACGCUCACGACGGAGACCUCUACUCCUGGCCACACCGGACAGUGGCCCAGAUGGGGACAGCUCUGACUGACCUGCCCCAGCCCUGCCACUGGCCAUUGCGUCCUGGGCUCCUCCCGCUAGGAGGCCACGACCUCGGCCACAUGGAUGGCACGCGGCAGCGCCCCCUGGUGGCGGACUAGACUGCUGCUCUUGGAGUGCUGUUCCUGCACCCCGCCCCCCAUACUCCCAUUUCUAAUUAAAUUAUUUUAGUA